CAACAUGACUUAAUCUCAAAAUCUCCAUGUCAAAUCUCUUGUAAACUAACAAUCCUUUAAAUGAAGUUAUAAAAUCUCCAAUUACAAUCUAGCUUACAAUAUCAUCAUUUAUAUCUAAAAUCCAUAUUCAAUUACAAAAUGGCUAGCCUUCUAACUCGUCACUCCCCUUGUUUUUCCCCGUCCUUGGUUUUGCUUCCUGAAAUGGUAGACAAGGAAAAACUAUGAGAUAAAAUAUCUCAGUAAGUAAAUAUGAAUAGCCUUUGGUUAAAAUUUAAGCAUGCCAGAUAAACCAUGUAAACAUAACAAAAAUUUCAACAACGACUCGUUAAAACAGAAUCAAAUUCAGUUCAAUAGCAAAACAUUCAAUGGCAAACCGUUAAUGCAAAAUCAGAUUCAGUUCAGUAGCAAAGCGUUCAAUGACAAACCGUAAUGCAGAAGAAAAUUCAGUAGUAGUCUCAUCUAUAAGUCAUGGCCAGCGUUUAACACCCAUUGGCAAGCGUCGGAAUUUACCAAUGUGUUCACCCAUUGGCAGGCGUCAGAAUAAACCUAUCAGUAAACAUGUCACAUGUGCUAGCGUUACUCCCACUAGCGGGGAUCAAAAAUCAUGACCAUAUCAGAGACAAAACCAUGCAGGAUUUACAAAAGAAAUCCGUAAUUCACAAUCGAAAUCCCAAAUUUCAGAAAUAACCAGAAAAUUCCAUGUGGGCAUGGAUUUAACAGAAAAUCAUAAUUUACAAAAAUUCUUAAAUCAUCAGAGCAGUUCAGUAAGUUCCAA